GGGGCGGGGCGCGGCGCGGCGGCAGGAAGCGGGGCGGGGACUCGCGGAGGCGUUGGGGAGCGAGGGAGGGCGCGGCCAACUCCCGGAGGGACGGCAGGCCGAGAGAGCGGCGCCCGGGUCUGGCGCCGAGCCUGAGCCCGCCGGACGGGAGGCGGCCCAGCCGCGGGCUCGGCCUCGGCCCCAGCCCCGCCAGCAUGGCCGGCCGGACCGUGCGGGCCGAGACCCGGAGCCGGGCCAAGGAUGACAUCAAGAAGGUGAUGGCGACCAUCGAGAAGGUCCGGAGAUGGGAGAAGCGCUGGGUGACUGUGGGCGACACUUCCCUUCGUAUCUUCAAGUGGGUGCCAGUGGUGGACCCCCAGGAGGAGGAGCGGCGGAGGGCAGGUGGUGGGGCAGAGAGAUCUCGAGGCCGGGAGCGACGGGGCAGGGGCGCCAGUCCCCGAGGGGGUGGCCCUCUCAUCCUGCUGGAUCUCAAUGAUGAGAACAGUAACCAGAGUUUCCAUUCGGAAGGCUCCCUGCAAAAGGGCACUGAGCCCAGCCCUGGGGGCACCCCUCAGCCCAGCCGCCCUGUGUCACCUGCUGGACCACCAGAAGGGGUCCCAGAGGAUGCUCAGCCCCCACGUCUGGGCCAAGAAAGAGAUGGGAAACUGAGGCCCAGAGGAAUUAAGUCACUUGCCCAAGAUCCUGGGGGCAUAACUGCAGGCAGCACGGAUGAACCCCCAAUGCUGACCAAGGAGGAACCUGUUCCAGAAUUGCUGGAGGCUGAGGCCCCCGAAGCUUACCCCGUCUUUGAGCCAGUGCCACCUGUCCCCGAGGCAGCCCAGGGUGACACAGAGGACUCGGAGGGCGCCCCCCCACUCAAGCGCAUCUGCCCAAAUGCCCCUGACCCCUGAGAAGCCGGCCUGCCUGUCCUGUCGCCCCAGGGGCCCCUUUGGCUUUUUACAAAUAAAGACCCUUUUGUAAUUUUGUGUCAUGUCAUUUCCCCG